AUGCAGGGGCCAGGAUACGGGGGCCGAGAUACGGGGGCCGAGAUACGGGGGCCGAGAUACAGGGGCAGAGAUACGGGGGCCGAGAUACGGGGGCCGAGAUACGGGGGCCGAGAUACGGGGGCCGAGAUACGGGGGCCGAGAUACGGGGGCCGAGAUACGGGGGCCGAGAUACAGGGGCAGAGAUACGGGGGCCGAGAUACGGGGGCCGAGAUACAGGGGCCGAGAUACAGGGGCCGAGAUACAAGGGCCAAGAUGCAGGGGCCAGGAUACGGGGGCCGAGAUACGGGGGCCGAGAUACGGGGGCCGAGAUACGGGGGCCGAGAUACAGGGGCCGAGAUACGGGGGCCGAGAUACGGGGGCCGAGAUACGGGGGCCGAGAUACAGGGGCAGAGAUACGGGGGCCGAGAUACGGGGGCCGAGAUACAGGGGCCGAGAUACAGGGGCCGAGAAACGGGGGCCGAGAUAAGGGGGCCGAGAUACAGGGGCCGAGAUACAAGGGCCAAGAUGCAGGGGCCGGGAUACGGGGGCCAAGAUACAGGGGCCAGGAUACGGGGGCCGGGAUACAGGGGCCGGGAUACGGGGGCCGAGAUACAGGGGCCAAGAUACAAUGGCCAAGAUGCAGGUGCCGGGAUACGGGGGCCAAGAUACAGGGGCCAGGAUACGGGGGCCGAGAUACGGGGGCCGGGAUACAAGGGCCGAGAUACAAAGGGCCGAGAUACGGGGGCCGAGAUACGGGGGCCGAGAUACAAGGGCCGAGAUACGGGGGCCGAGAUACGGGGGCCGAGAUACGGGGGCCGAGAUACAGGGGCCGAGAUACAAGGGCCGAGAUACGGGGGCCGAGAUACGGGGGCCGAGAUACAAGGGCCGAGAUACGGGGGCCGAGAUACGGGGGCCGAGAUACGGGGGCCGAGAUACAGGGGCCGAGAUACGGGGGCCGAGAUACAGGGGCCGAGAUACAAGGACCAAGAUGCAGGGGCCGAGAUACGAUACAGGGGCCGUAAUACAGACAGAUUCGCAGCAGCAGAAAAAGCACAUAUUCAGGUGUGUUUUACAUUUCCAUCCUGUUCUGGUUCCACAGCUGCCCUCCGGAGGUUCUGGUUCCACAGCUGCCCUCCGGAGGUUCUGGUUCCACAGCUGCCCUCCGGAGGUUCUGGUUCCACAGCUGCCCUCCGGAGGUUCUGGUUCCACAGCUGCCCUCCGGAGGUUCUGGUUCCACAGCUGCCCUCCGGAGGUUCUGGUUCCACAGCUGCCCUCCGGAGGUUCUGGUUCCACAGCUGCCCUCAGGAGGUUCUGGUUCCACAGCUGUCCUCAGGAGGUUCUGGUUCCACAGCUGCCUUCAGGAGGUUCUGGUUCCACAGCUGUCCUCAGGAGGUUCUGGUUCCACAGCUGCCUUCAGGAGGUUCUGGUUCCACAGCUGUCAUCAGGAGGUUCUGGUUCCACAGCUGCCCUCAGGAGGUUCUGGUUCCACAGCUGCCCUCAGGAGGUUUCUGGUUCCACAGCUGCCCUCAGGAGGUUCUGGUUCCACUGCUGUCCUCAGGAGGUUCUGGUUCCACAGCUGUCCUCAGGAGGUUCUGGUUCCACAGCUGCCUUCAGGAGGUUCUGGUUCCACAGCUGUCCUCAGGAGGUUCUGGUUCCACAGCUGCCUUCAGGAGGUUCUGGUUCCACAGCUGUCAUCAGGAGGUUCUGGUUCCACAGCUGCCCUCAGGAGGUUCUGGUUCCACAGCUGCCCUCAGGAGGUUCUGGUUCCACAGCUGCCCUCAGGAGGUUCUGGUUCCACUGCUCACUUCAGGAGGUUCUGGUUCCACAGCUGCCCUCAGGAGGUUCUGGUUCCACAGCUUCCCUCAGGAGGUUCUGGUUCCACUGCUACCUUCAGGAGGUUCUGGUUCCACAGCUGCCCUCAGGAGGUUCUGGUUCCACAGCUCUCUCCAGGAGGUUCUGGUUCCACAGCUGCCCUCAGGAAGUUCUGGUUCCACAGCUUCCCUCAGGAGGUUCUGGUUCCACAGCUUCCCUCAGGAGGUUCUGGUUCCACAGCUGCCUUCAGGAGGAGGUUCUGGUUCCACAGCUGACCUCAGGAGGUUCUGGUUCCACAGCUGCCCUCAGGAGGUUCUGGUUCCACAGCUUCCUUCAGGAGGUUCUGGUUCCACAGCUGCCCUCAGGAGGUUCUGGUUCCACAGCUGCCCUCAGGAGGUUCUGGUUCCACAGCUGCCCUCAGGAGGUUCUGGUUCCACAGCUGCCCUCAGGAGGUUCUGGUUCCACAGCUGCCAUCAGGAGGUUCUGGUUCCACAGCUGACCUCAGGAGGUUCUGGUUCCACAGCUGCCAUCAGGAGGUUCUGGUUCCACAGCUGCCCUCAGGAGGUUCUGGUUCCACAGCUGCCCUCAGGAGGUUCUGGUUCCACAGCUGCCCUCAGGAGGUUCUGGUUCCACAGCUGCCCUCAGGAGGUUCUGGUUCCACAGCUGCCCUCAGGAGGUUCUGGUUCCACAGCUGCCAUCAGGAGGUUCUGGUUCCACAGCUGCCAUCAGGAGGUUCUGGUUCCACAGCUGCCCUCAGGAGGUUCUGGUUCCACAGCUGCCCUCAGGAGGUUCUGGUUCCACAGCUGCCAUCAGGAGGUUCUGGUUCCACAGCUGCCCUCAGGAGGUUCUGGUUCCCCAGCUGCCAUCAGGAGGUUCUGGUUCCACAGCUGCCCUCAGGAGGUUCUGGUUCCACAGCUGCCCUCAGGAGGUUCUGGUUCCACAGCUGCCCUCAGGAGGACCAGGAGGAGCAGGAGGAGGGAGGGGUUUACUGUGGACCGGGCUGAGCAGGACCAGGAGGAGCAGGAGGAGGAGAGGUUUACUGUGGACCGGGCUGGGCAGGACCAGGAGGAGCAGGAGGAGGAGAGGACCAGGAGGAGCAGGAGGAGGAAGAGGUUUACCGUGGACCGGGCUGAGCAGGACCAGGAGGAGCAGGAGGAGGAGAGGUUUACCGUGGACCAGGCUGAGCAGGACCAGGAGGAGGAGAGGUUUACUGUGGACCGGGCUGGGCAGGACCAGCAGGAGCAGGAGGAGGAGAGGACCAGGAGGAGCAGGAGGAGGGAGGGGUUUACUGUGGACCGGGCUGAGCAGGACCAGGAGGAGCAGGAGGUGGAGAGGUUUACUGUGGACCGGGCUGAGCAGGACCAGCAGGAGCAGGAGGAGGACAGGUUUACUGUGGACCGGGCUGAGCAGGACCAGGAGGAGCAGGAGGAGGAGAGGUUUACUGUGGACCGCGCUGAGCAGGACCAGCAGGAGCAGGAGGAGGAGAGGUUUACUGUCUGA